AUGCGAACCCUCGCUGCUGGGAAGGUUCCCAAGGUAGCUUGGUCAAGGCGUCUUCUUAGGAGUUCACUUUCAGCGUCUCCUUGGAAAGGGACUUUAAGGAACAACGUUUUUUCUCGGCGGUCAUUGUGGUGGGUUUUGCGAGUCGUUCGGCAAGGUUCUUUGCAAUGAACCUGUCAGGAUACCCGUUUUCGCAAAGCAAGUUCUGGAUUUUUUAAGUUCCUCCUCGAUACCAUCUGUUGAACAAAGUUUUCUAGUCUUUUGUGCCAAACACCUGACUAGAUUUCGUUUUUAUUAGAGAGGUAUGAAACUAGCGAAGUUGGUGUAUUGUCCAGACCAGAUUUUCUUCCGAUAGAUGCUCCUUCGGAUGCUACCGUCAGAUCUCCUGUUUAGAAGGACAUCUAAGAAAGGAAGCAAACCGGCCGAUUCCAUCCCCAACGUGAAUUUGAUCGAUCGAUGUGCUCGGUUUACAGCAUUUAGGAGGGCAGCAACGUCGGUUUCUGUGGUUGCAAUCGUAAAGAUAUCAUCAACGUAGCGACCGUAAUGUUUAAGCUUUUUGAUCUGAUCGCUUAGUUGAAAUCUCUCCAGCUCGCCCAUUAAGACAUCGACUAAGAAAGGUCCAAGAGGCGAGCCCGUAGCAACGCCGUCUAUUUUCACAACUCUUUUGCAUUUCCGUUGUGUUUUCCCUAUACGUACAACGCAUAUACGUUCUUAUCACACCUUGUUUACCCUGUCGUCUGUUUGGUCCUCGGUAGCUUCUGCACAUUGCGGCACCGCCUUAUGACCCACUCUUCCUGACUGCCAUUCAUCCUCUGGUCUCGCAUCCGCACAUCUUCGACGGGUUGCGCACCGACCGAAACACGGACAUCGUGAACGAGUUCCUGGGUUAGUCGUUCGCCAAGUGGCCAACCUCUGUCAUUCUUCGCUCUUUGCUUUUCACAAAAAUUUGCAAACGUUUAUCGAUUGUCAUUGAUGAGAUUUGCAGGGAGUGCUUCCGGGCUGCACCUCCUCAGUAGUGUAUUUCUUCCAUUGCUCUCCUGACUCUAUGUGAACAAACGAUCUAAGCAGGCCGCAUCGGUUUAACAAGCAUCAAACUAGACCUCGUACUGUUGCUGUACUCCGUUGUACGCAAUACACCUGCAGAAGCACGGAAGUACAUUGAGUGACCAAUCUCAUUAAAUGUUAGCGGAAAUUCUGAAAUGCGUCUUCGAUUAAGAAGGAUUACCUUGGCACGGUUGUAAUACUGAUUACCUUGCGGCAUAAUCUUAUAAUAUCUCGGACUCGGCAGGAUGUCAGCUUUAAAAUACACUUCUUUUUAAUCACCUGUAGAAACCGCACUGGGUAACAAAUGACUACUUAAGUGGCAUGCAUUUUCCCCAUUGAUUUUCGAUGGCCAUGCAAACUCAAAUAUAUGUUAUAGAAACCAUAAACAAAAAUAUGCUUCCUCUUAGUCUUUUGAUAGAGAAUUACUCCUUCUUUAUAUUUUAUGCUCGACGAAAGAGUAUAAUUAGGUUUUAAAGUAGUUUUCUAAUUGCCUGAUCAUUUGUUGCACUAGCGCUUAGCGAUUUCAGUCUACAAGGUGCACGCGUUCCGCGUAAAGAAAAUCACAUAUUUUUCUAUGCUUUUAUAAAGAUCUCAUACAGAGUCCAUUAACUUUUGCAAUGGAUGCGGACUAUGUUGUACAUUUCAUGAUGACUUGUGGUAAGCGGACUGGUAUGAUGCUUUGUGAAUGGAUAUUGCGCGGUCUUAAAAAAUCUUAUAAUUAGAACCUUUUUUAAAACCUAAUUAUACCCUUUCUUCGAGCAUAAAAUAUAAAGAAGGAGUAAUUCUCUAUCAAACGACUAAGAGGAAGCAUAUUUUUGUUUAUGGUUUCUAUAACAUAUAUUUGAGUUUGCAUGGCCAUCGAAAAUCAAUGGGAAAAAUGCAUGCAACUUAAGUAGUCAUUUUUUGCCGAGUGCGGUUUCUACAGGUGAUUAAAAAGAAGUGUAUUUUAAAGCUGACAUCCUGCCGAGUCCGAGAUAUUAUAAGAUUAUGCCGCAAGGUAAUCAGUAUUACAACCGUGCCUAGGUAAUCCUUCCUAAUCGAAGACGCAUUUCAGAAUUUCAGCCAAGAUUUCAUGAGAUCGGUCACUCACUGUACGUCUUUGUCUGUUCCUAAUAUUGGCAAAUUACUAUGAAUGCACCUGAAACCGUUUAUUUAAAUUCUCAUGUAAUAGACGAGUAAUACCGACGAUGACAGCGGAGGAACCUGGGAUGGCUGUUUCGGGUUUAUUAGCUGUCGUCAGCCAGCUUUACCAGGCCCCACGUCUGGAUGAUGGGGGACUCGAGCCUAGAUUUUUCGGUCAUUGAACGUUAAGUAGUCCAACGUUCUACCAUUGGGCAACGGGCCCCCGUUGCCCUGCCAGCCGUGGUCGGAAUUAUGGGUGGGGGGGGGGGGAGAAGUCCACCAAUCGGGCCAGGUAACUUCAGGGUCACUGAUCUGGAUGGCUGUAUGCGAUUCCCGCCAACUAGACUCAACGUCUUAUUUCUCCAGGACUUGCACGUGACUUUUGCCACUGUUCAUUUUGUUGGAGAUUUCCCAACCAAAUCCACUGCGGUCGUGUUCGGCUUCGUCGGGGUCUUGUUAUCUUGAGGGUCGUCCGCGCAGUUGGAUUUACAGACUCAUUUUCGGGACUACAAGACGAUGAUCUGUCAUGAGCACAUGACGGUGAUCACGCCUCCUGACGAGCAAUUGGUUCGGCAGUUGUGAUUGACGAUGCAUCCAGGUUGUCCUAUGAUUAAGAAACCGAUAGAUGAUGUUGGUUACUAGGUUGCCCCCCAUGCGGGUCCUCAGACGAGGGAGUUUGUCGCUUCUCGCAUUCAUUUCCUCUGUGACGGUCAAGCAGUUUUCGCCGGCCCGCUCGACCAUCGAAGUCACAGAGAACGCCCAAUUUUCGCACACUUGGCACAGACCCGAGAGUGACAUGCAGGUCUUCACAGAGCUUCCACUUCGCGUCAUCGUUGCUUGCCACAUUAGGGGGCGGGGUGGUGGCGCUGAUAGUGGCGUCGUAUUCCUUCCGACGGACUGAGAUCCUUACUGAAAGGAGGUGGUUGUUAUGCGGUGCAGGAAAAAAGCGUGAGUAGCAAAUAACAUAGCAUAACCAGCAUAGGCGCAAGCCUUGCGCCGAGUCAGCCGUUAGGACCACGUUCGUCCCCCCAGACCUUGUCUUCUCACUGGAGCAUGGUUACAAGCGGUGAACGUUUGAUAGAUCCCUGUAGGCCUCCAACCCACAGGAAAGCCACUGCCGCCGCCUUGCCGAAACAGCGAUGGUCACAAUGUCGUCCGCGAUGGAGACGUUAUCAGAUGAGGGCAUGUGAACCACCACCGACGGAGAAGUCGUAAUGUUACCGCAUGUUUAGUCAAAUGCGUCAGCCACACCAUCCUCUUGCCUCAGCCCGUCUGACUGCUCAUUGUACUUUCCUGGCCUCUUCCUCACAACGCCAUUAUAAGCGCACCCCUCUCAUUUUGAAUUUCUGUAAAUGACAAGUUUCGAGCCCUCAGAUUCAUUGUCCACUUCACUUUUUUCUGCUUCUCCUUUUAGCAUGUUACGAAAAACAGAUGAAUUCUAUGCAGGUAGAUUGA